CGCAAACAAAACUCGAUUUCCUGUUGCAGUGUGCAUAUUUUAUUUUUUACGUGAAUAUAUUACAAUAUUUCGUACAUAAUAAUUAAUGAUAUGGCCCAAAGCUGAUUUCGUACAAUACGAUAAUACAACAUAAUUUAUAAUAUCAUUAUUCAUUAUUGUGUGGUACGCAUUUACGAACGCGCGUGAUACCAUCGCACGCACGCGCAGUUCUAUUCGUACUUAAACGCAGUCACCGACGUCGUAGCCUCCUCGUAAGUCGUAACCACUGUCGUGUGAGUGUGCGCGCUCCCGCCGUGAACGUGUGCGUGUGUAUGCGUACCUGUUGCUGUGCGCGCCGCAUUCCGUAACCGUUCAGCCACCGGAUCGGACGUCGGCUGUCGCCGUCAUCACCACCCUGCGAUUAGAAAAUUCAAAAAAAAAACCGACGAAUACGUCGCCGGCGUGUUUUUGCAUUAACGUUUCGUUGUUAUCGUUUGUUUUUUUUUUUUUAUUUCUGAUUAAAUCUCUCUGCCUCAUCCUUCGGCGGUACACUUUUAUUUGUACGACGAGUGCGUCCGUCUUAGUCAUUUGUUCGUCCGCAAUCGUGUAACCGUCAUUUUCGUACCGGUUUCAUAUUUUUAUACAUAAAAACCGUUUCGUCUUUGUAUCCAAAAUUGAGCGUUUGUGUGCGUCCGGUGUGUUCCUCGACCCCCGAGGAUGCUAUAACGGGUCGGAGACGUCUUGUAGCGUGGAUAUGGACCACAGGGAAUACGGGGAACGCGUGUCGCCGCCGUUGCCUCAACAACAGCAGCAACUACAGCAACAACCUCACCAGCAACAUCAACAACAGCAACAUCACCAACAGCAACACCAGCAGCAGCAGCAGCAACAACCGCUUCUGCCCCCCGCCAACCAUACUGAUCAGAAUGGAGAUCGCAUUGUCUGGGAGUUUCAUCAAGUCACUUUGAACCGUGUUCCCGGUUACGGGUUUGGAAUUGCAGUCAGUGGUGGCCGAGACAAUCCUCAUUUUGCCAAUGGUGACCCUUCAAUAGCCGUGUCUGAUGUACUGAAGUCUGGUCCCGCCGAAGGAAAGCUCAUGGUUAACGACAGGAUUAUGACCGCCAAUGGCGUGUCACUAGACAAUGUUGAAUACGGUACGGCUGUUGCUGUGCUGAGAGAAUGUGGCGAGAACGUAACAUUGUCGUUAAGACGUCGUCUGGUGUUGCCCUCAAACACGCCACACACGCUGCGCAUUCAUCUAAAUAAGACCAGGAAAAAAGACGAUUUCGGAAUCGUUUUGGGUAGCAGGAUAUUCAUCAAAGAAGGGACGAAAGGCGGUGAUAACAGCGUUCAGGAAGGUGACGUGUUGUUAAAAAUCAACAAUCAUUCGGUGGUGGACGGCAUGACGCUUAAAGAAGCUAGGAGACUAAUCGAAUCAGCCAAAGAUAAACUGAGUUUGACUGUGCGCCGAGAGGGAAGUGCCAACGGACAUGUCUUACAAUAUUCCGGUUCUUCCGAACCGACAUCUCUGCACACGAAAGAAAACAACAACUACAUGGACGGCAUUAACGGAUCAGCGUAUCCAUCGCAAAAUUUGUAUGUACAGCCGCCCAGUAGAAGCAUGCUAGAAGAAGCCAAAAGUAAUUUGGCGCCACGUGGACGGUCCCGUAACCCGCUAUUGGAUUCUGUUUCUUUGAGUCAAUUAGACAGGCCCACAUCUGCCAUGGACAACAACACGUCUGCUAACAAUUUACAUAAUGGUGAUUUAGGACCUACAUACAACCAUGGUCGUAGUAGAAGUGGUGCUGAAGAUCAUUCGGAACCUCCCCGACCGCCGCCACCGAGACCCGAAGAUUAUUACAGCACAACUAGACCAUUUUAUGAAGAUACAUUACCUCAAAAAUCAAAACAUUUAAAGCCUGAUCCUCGGUUUAUUACGUUUCAAAAAGAAGGGUCAGUUGGCAUUCGAUUGACAGGUGGCAACGAAGUUGGUAUAUUUGUUACUGCUGUACAACCAGGAAGUCCUGCAUUUACCCAAGGUUUGCAACCAGGUGACAAGAUAUUAAAAGUAAACGAUAUGGAUAUGAAAGGAGUGACUCGUGAAGAAGCCGUGCUAUUUUUGUUGAGCCUUCAAGAUCAAAUACAUCUUAUCGUUCAACACAGACGUGAUCAAUAUGAACAAAUUAUGAACAAUCAACGAGGCGAUUCAUUCCAUAUAAAGACUCACUUUGACUAUGAACAACCAAACAAAGGUGAAAUGAGUUUCUGCAAAGGUGAUGUGUUCCAUGUAAUGGACACAUUGCAUAAUGGUGUAGUUGGUUCCUGGCAAGUAUUCCGUAUUGGGAGAAACAAUCAAGAAGUCCAAAAAGGUAUAAUACCGAAUAAGGCUAGAGCUGAAGAACUAGCUACUGCACAGUUCAACGCUACUAAAAAAGAAAUGAAUGCCUCAGAAAGUAAAGGGGGUUUCUUUAGACGCCGAAAACAUAAUCAUCGUAGAUCAAAAUCAUUGAGCAAGGAAAACUGGGAUGAUGUGGUGUUUGGGGAUAGUAUAAGCAAGUUUCCAGCCUAUGAAAAAGUGGUGUUGAGUCAUACAGGGUUUGUACGACCAGUUGUUUUAUUUGGUCCGAUAUCGGAUAUUGCUCGAGAAAAACUUACCAAAGACUUCCCUGACAAAUUCUUAUCUCCUCAACUUGAAAACAACACUACAGACGGUAGCAAGAAAAUUAGCGGUAUAAUACGGUUAAGUGCUAUUCGUGAUAUCAUGGACCGAGGGAAACACGCCUUGUUAGAUGUCACUCCAAAUGCUGUAGACCGUUUAAACUAUGCUCAAUUUUAUCCUAUAGUCAUUAUGUUGCGAGCUGAUAACAAACAAGUGAUCAAAGAAUUACGUGCUGGUUUACCAAAAACUGCACACAAGAGCAGUAAAAAGCUGUUAGAACAAUGUCAAAAAUUAGAAAAAGUGUGGUCACAUGUAUUUACUUCAUCACUUACUCUAAAUGGAGGAGAUGCUUGGUAUCGCAAGCUUAGAGAACUAAUCGAUAAACACCAGAGUUCUCCAACUUGGGUCAGCGAGACAAAGCCUGAAGAAAACCUGUCUGAUGAUUUGUUAUUCCCAAUGACCUCCUUACGUUUGUCAUAUGCAUCAUCUCCUGAAAGUGAUAUGGAGACUAGUAACACAACAUUAGCAUCCCCAACUUCUACUACAGCAGCCAGUCCAUCUGCAAUCGGUUCAAGGCUGGUCAAAAGUUCAAGCGAUCCAAGUAUUACAACUCAGGAUGAUUCAGCUAUUCCUACUUAUAAUCCACCUCCACCAUACUCACCGUCAGUUUUUAAACAAGCAAGUUAUGAGCCUCCUCAAACAUUACGUAUGGCUGGUCCUCCUACUCACACAACAUUAAUGGUAAACGGUAAUGGUCCUCCAGAUCUACCCCCUCGUGUUGAUAGAAACACAAAACCAAUGCAUGGAAAUCGCACUAAUGGUCAAAGAUCAGCCACAGAUAGAUUAUUUAGUCCUAACGGCAUGGAAGAUAUACCCAAUUAUAUAAAUGCAACUCCCCAUCAUCAAAGGACUCACACGAGCACUAGUAAACAAUUGUAUGAUAUGCAUAAUAGCUAUGACAGUGUAUCGUCAUAUGAUAGUUAUGGUGUACGCAUGAAUGGGGGUAGCAACGGUAGUGCUAACCUUACAGCAACUUUGUGUUCAAACUCACAGGAUGAUCUUAAGUCAGGCAGUAAUAAUACUUUAGGUAGACAUCAUGAUCCUUAUAGAUUUACUAGGUCAACUCAACAACCAGUUGACACAAAAAUAUCAGAUUAUCCUAAAUACAGACCUCCGGGUGGUACUUCUGGAGGUAUGAUUGAGUAUGCUACUAGUAAACCCCUUCCAUUGCCAAAAUCACCUCCACAACAACAAUCCUAUAAACCUGUACCACCUCCAAAACCCAAAAACUAUCGACCACCAGUACAGCAGCAACAACAACAGCAACAGCAACAUCAACAGCAAUAUUAUCAAUCACCUCCUGUUGGUUUCCAACACUCAAAAUCAUUCAGCAUGGCAGAUAGUACAUAUUCAUCACAUAUGUCCAAUGGGAUGCCAUCAUCACCUAGCAAGUACUCAUCGGAAUCAACUGAUGUGAAUACUGCUGAUUCAGGUCACGGUAGUAGCUUAGAUAGGGGUUAUGAUCGACGAGGUGGUAACGGACAACAGCCUUCUCAACAGAUGGAUCGUAGUCAUAUAUACUACAAACACCAUAGAGAUCCAAAUACAUUAGAUUUGACACAACAUCGUGAUCAACGGGGUAGUGCAUUUGAAUUAUACAAGAAGCCAUCUGUAGCUGGUGACCAUAGAAUGUCAAAUGGAGGCGACUACAGGAUGUCAAAUGGUGACCACAGAAUAUCCAAUGGGGGUGAUCACAGAAUGUCAAACGGUGGUGGACACUACAAUGUAGAUGCGCUUCGGUGACAACGACAGUAUCCGGUCAGGUUUUAAAGGUUAAAUCGACCGGGUUCAAAUUGAGCAUAAACGCUUACUUAAAUAUUAUCUCAUCGAAAAUUUUAUUUUAUUAUAUAAAUAUUUUAUAUUUAUAAGAUGUUCAUAAAUUUG